ACACUCCACUAGCAAGGGCCGCGCCGCGCCUGAGACCCACCCGUCAAAUGGCGAGGCGGAGCCUGGCCGGCGGAACCACCGCCGGCGCCGUCUCCCGGGUUCUGUUCGCGCCCUCCUCCAACAACUUGCUCGUUUCCUCGUGGGAUUCGGGGCUGCGGCUGUAUGACGCCGAUACGAGCACACUCCGGUUCAAGGCGGAGUCGGAGGCGGCGCUACUCGACUGCUGCUUCGAGGAUGAGUCCGCGGUGUUGGCUUGCGGCUCUGAUGGAUCUGUCAGAAGGUAUGACUUCCGCUCAGGUGCUCAGGAUACAGUGGGGCUUCAUGAAGAUAUGGUUGCCUGCGUUGAGUUCUCCCAGAUGACUGGUCAAGUUGUUGCUGGCAGCCUUGACAAGAAGCUACAGUUUUGGGAUACAAAAAUAAGAAGUGUAAACCCUAGCGGCACUAUAACAUUAGAUUCAGAUGUGGUAUCACUUUCAAUAUGCGGCAUGUAUAUAUUAGCCGCAGUUGCAAGAAAUGUCUAUUUUUAUGACAUUAGGAAUCUAACUGGGCCAGUUAAAGCAAAAGAUUGUCCUCUAGAAUAUCACAUACGAUGCCUUCAUGCUUCUCCAGAGUGGAAUGGUUAUGUUGUCGGCUCGGUGGAUGGAGUUGUUGCAUUGAAGUAUCUUGACCGUGGAACAGAUGGUGAUACUGGAUACACUUUCCGAUGUCAUCCAAAUUCCAGAAAUGGAAGAUCAGAUUUGGUUUCCAUAAAUUGCAUCGCAAUUCAUCCCUGCAGCAAGAGAACUUUUGUUACCGGAGAUGAUAAAGGAUACGCUAUUUCUUGGGAUGCUCAGUCAAAAAAGAAACUGCUUGAGUUUCCAAGCUAUUCGGGCAAUGUGGCGUCAAUAGCGUACAACCAUAGUGGCCAACUUUUGGCGGUUGCUCCAAAUUACCAUCAAGAAGUGGAUAAAGUGGAGGAGAAGCACCAGAUAUUCAUUGAGACGGUGGAGGACUUCAGAGGAAAGUCUCGCUUGAAUUUGAGGACUCUGGGAGCUGGGAAAUGUUUGGUCUUAACAGAUGGCUCCAUGGAUGUGCAACUGUGGAAGUGUUUCGGAUGCCACGGAACCUAUGGAUCCGACGGCGGUGCACGGACGCCGCCUCGACUCACGCCACGACGACAGAGAGGUCCGGACGGGCCUUACUGGGCCGCGGAGAAAGCCCACGGCCUCCCCGCGCAGCCACCACCAGCGGCGCCGCAUAAAAUGACUCGCGUGCUGCGCCCGUGCGGAACCCUAGUCAGCCGGAUCGCAGCGUCGCUCCGCCUCCCCUCCCAACUCCUCGCGCCGCGUCUUCCUCGCAGGGUUUUCGGUCGGGCCUCGGAGAUGUCGGACUCCGAGGAGCACCACUUCGAGUCGAAGGCCGACGCCGGCGCGUCCAAGACCUACCCGCAGCAGGCCGGCACCAUCCGCAAGAACGGUCACAUCGUCAUCAAGAACCGCCCCUGCAAGGUUGUUGAGGUCUCCACUUCCAAGACAGGGAAGCACGGACACGCAAAAUGUCACUUUGUGGCCAUUGACAUUUUCAAUGGAAAGAAGCUUGAGGAUAUUGUGCCAUCCUCCCACAACUGUGACGUCCCCCAUGUCAACCGUACUGACUACCAGCUGAUUGACAUUUCUGAAGAUGGAUUUGUCAGCCUGCUGACCGAAAGUGGAGGCACUAAGGAUGAUCUGAAGCUCCCUACUGAUGAUAAUCUGCUUACCCAGAUCAAGGAUGGAUUUGCCGAGGGGAAGGAUCUGAUUGUGACAGUGAUGUGUGCUAUGGGUGAGGAGCAGAUCUGCGCUCUGAAGGACAUUGGCCCCAAGAACUAGAGCUGCAUUGCCACUGCGCUGGUUAUUUGCCUGGUUGUUUAUUACUUGGGAGGUGGUGUGGUGAGAACUAAACUUGCGACUUUGGGACUGCUUUUCCAUCUUGCGGUUUACACUGAAUGAUUUGGAUGUACCUUGGCUAUCUGUUAUGUUCUUAUGAACCAAGUAGCUUUACUGCAUCUUGUUCGCUUGCAUUUGAAUCAGAUGAUAAGUUGGUUAUAUGCAGUUCAUUGUUCUGUUCA